ACCAGUGCAAUGACGAUGCCAGUCAACGGGGCCCACAAGGAGGCUGACCUGUGGUCCUCACAUGACAAGAUGCUGGCACAACCCCUCAAAGACAGUGAUGUUGAGGUUUACAAAAUCAUUAAGGAGGAGAGUAACCGGCAGAGGGUUGGAUUGGAGCUGAUUGCCAUGGAGAAUUUUGCCAGCCAAGCAGUUUUGGAGGCCCUAGGCUCUUGCUUAAAUAACAAAUACUCUGAGGGGUACCCGGGCCAGAGGUAUGUGAAUCUCUUCAAAGGCCUGGUUCUGACACAGUCAUAG